CCGCACCAUCACAUACACCCAGUUUAAGCAAAUUUCCGCAAUCCUAGCAACCACCCUGCACUCUAGAUACGGCAUAACAUCUGGAAAUACCAUAGCCAUUCUCUCCAGCUCAAGUAUCGACAUCCCAAUCAUUUCCGCAGCUGCGUGGAUCCUCUGCGCAAACAUAGUCAUACUUACGCCCGAAUUAAACCCUGGUGAGAGCGAUAUAUAUGGAUACCAUUGGUGGUUUUGCGCGGAGCUGAAUGCGUUGAUGCGGGCGAAUCAUAUGCCUUCAAUUUUUUUUGCAUCUGCAAUGUAUCACCAAGCUAUCCAAGAGAUCAUACUGAGUUAUAUAUAUCCAGAGGAAAUGCCUUAUAUCAUUAGAAUGACUCCCGAUGUGGAUAUUGAUGGAAGAGAGGUUUGGGGUAAUUGCAAUUUGCCGGACCUCUACACACCAAGGCCCAACACCGAUCUCCCUUACAGUCGAGAGGUGUUAUGCGAGACCAUGGCACAGGAACUCGCCGCUGUACUGUACUUUACACACGCAAAUGAAGAACACGGGCCCCAGUUAUUGAAAUUGCACCUCGCGUAUCAUCUGCACAAGACCAUUAUGGACUUGUUCUGUUGCAAUGCCACAUACUUGGUCGCUGAAUUUUUCGAUCUCAAUGAGUUUAUUAGAGUGGUUGAUCAGUAUGAAGUGAAGAACGCAGAGCUAGUUUUUGAAGAAAUCAACACGUUGAUCGCUCAUUUGCGCGGUAUCGCCAGCAUUACCAGCACCAGUAGCAGCAGUGGUGCUGGGGUGCUUCUGGGAUCGCUGAGAUUUAUCUACACAGCGUCGAAAAAAGCUGUCGAGCAGCUGUCACCCAGACUGGCCGAGGUGCUUCCCGGCGUUCAAAUCAUCCGCACUCGAUUUGGAUCGUACAUUGACCCGCCGGCAUAA